CCCUCUGCGUUCCCGACCCCCCUGAAUACGGCCAAUAGGUGGAGACAGCGGAGGCGGGACUUCCGGCGGGCACAGGAAGUGAGACUGUCUCGUUUUUUUUCCAUCCUCCACCUCUUCACUGGAUAGAGAAAUUGUGUUACCCGCGGGUGUUCGGCAGCCUGACCCGCUCUGUCCCCGGACACCCGAGCACUGAGGUACCGUACACUGGGCACUCCCCGACUCGGACCCGCCGGUACACCGCGCUGUGUGCUGUCUAAUAACUGAGCGGCCCGUCACACGGAUCGUCCCUCCCCCUCCUCUCCCGCCCUCCCCGCCUGACAGCCGCCACCAGUCCGCUCAGCCCGGGAGAGAGACACCGAGAGGGGAGGCCGGAGAGUAAGAACAGGCCCGGAACUGGAGCCCAGCACGGGCAGGCUGCUGGAUGUGUGACGCAUGUACUCUAUUUGGCUCCAUAUAACUUUAGGACAUCUAUUGGAACUCUACUAGCAGCAGUGAAACCAGAUACAGCUGAGCAAGCUUCCUAGGGUGACUCGUUUUCUCUGAGGAGCCUAGAAGCAGACGGCUCAUGACUUCAGAUCAGGAUACUAAAGUUGUGGCUGAACCGCAGGUGCAGCAAGUCCAAGAAGCCAAAGACAGUUCUCAUCUUGAAUCAGCCAAGGUUUCAGAGUUAAACCCUAAUGCUAAAGUAUGGGGGGACCACGCGUUGCAUGUGGAAUCGGGCAGAGCUGCUGAUGGGACCGUGCAAGAGUCUGAAGGUUCAGUGGGUAGCGCCUCCCAGGAUUGGCCCAAAGAAGGACUGGAUGCCAAUGGGGAUGGUGUCAGUACAAGGUUAACACAAGACCCAUCUCCAUCAGUUUCCACAUCAGACCAAACAGAUAUGAAUACCAUAACUCUGGGAAACUCGGAAUAUGAAUCUAUGCAUGAAAUCUCACAUUCAGGAGCAAAUGAUCUACCACAGACAGAAGGGCAGGAAGAUCUGCGUGAUGUGCUUAAGAAAACACUGGAAUUUUGUUUGUCUCGAGAGAACCUUGCCAGUGACAUGUACCUUAUAUCACAAAUGGACAGUGAUCAAUAUGUGCCAAUUCUAACUGUAGCAAAUCUGGACCAUGUCAAGAAGCUGAGCACUGACAUGGAUUUAAUAGUCGAUGUAUUGAGAUCUUUGCCUUUAGUCCAAGUGGAUGAAAAGGGUGAGAAAGUAAGACCGAAUCAGAAUCGGUGUAUUGUGAUUUUGCGGGAAGUUCCUGAGUCAACUCCUAUAGAAGAUGUAGAAGCCCUCUUCAAAGGCGAGAAUUUGCCGAAAUUUGUUAAUUGUGAAUUUGCCUAUAAUGACAAUUGGUUCAUCACUUUUGAAUCAGAAGCUGAUGCACAACAGGCCUACAGAUACCUGAGAGAAGAUGUGAAGACAUUUCAAGGGAAACCUAUAAAGGCGAGGAUAAAAGCAAAGCCAAUAGCGAUAAACACUUUUUUGCCAAAGAAUGGUUUUAGACCUUUGGAUAUGAAUCUGUACACGCAACAACGCUAUACGACAUCCUUUUACAUACCUCCGCUGUACAGUCCACAGCAACAGUUCCCACUUUACAGUCUCAUUACCCCACAGACCUGGUCUACAGCACACAGCUACCUGGACCCAUCAUCACUGGUAACACCAUUCCCCAAUACUGGAUUCAUUAAUGGGUUUACAUCUCCUAAUUUCAAGCCAGCAGCAUCACCUUUAUCGUCUCUGCGACCUUACACACCCAGGAACAGGAACCCUGGCAAAGCUCAUCUUCGGCAUACAAUACCAAGUACCGAGAGGGCCCCUGCACUUCUUGAUGGUCCAGCUAUUUUCAACUUUACUACUGAUAGACUAAUCAAUGGUGUGCGUGGGCCUCCAGCACGGCAACCCGGACAAACCAGAACAAGAAUGCCGAAUACAACAACAUUUAAAAGGGACGUUGGUACAGGCCGUGUGGAACCUCCAACUAUUGAAAACUCCACUGGUCUUGGCAGGGGGAGGAAAACAUCUUAUGGCUUUAGGAAGAAGAGGGAUGACAAGUUUGUGAGAGGUCAAACGCAGUCCCCUCCACCCAUAAAGCCCCCAUCUCCGAGUUUUGAAUUGGGACUGUCUAGUUUCCCUCCUCUGCCUGGUGCUGCUGGCAACCUAAAACCAGAUGACUUUUUUGAAAGCCGACUUUCAAGCUUGGUGAUAAGCACAUCAAAAGAAAAGAAUAUUAAUGUGGAUGCAAGUACAAACACCAUCCCUUCUGGGAUUCCAAGGGAGCCAUUACUGCUGGUUCCCACUGCACUGCCAGUGACCUACCAGAGUCCUCCAUCUCCAUCACAAUCGCCAGAUGACUCUAAAGUAGUGGAUAUACAGCAGCAAGAGACUCCAACUAUUGAAAGGAUUUCCACUACCCUUAACACUUCUAGUAAAUCUGUUCAAGUUAAUGGAGCUGCUACAGAGCUGAGAAAACCUAGCUAUGCAGAGAUCUGCCAGAGAACAAGCAAGGAUGGCCCUAACUUGCAACCUUCUAAAGAACAGAAGAAUGUGGCUGUUUGUGUUAAAGCUGAAGGGAAGAUGGCUGACCCUUCCAUAGAGAAAACUAGAGACGCUCCUCCGGCAAAGUCCAGCACAGGACGGCCCAAAGACCAGAGGAGACUAUCGGGUCGCAGGUCGCCUCCACCUCCUCUGUCUAUUGGAAAACGGGGAAAUAAAGAACCUGGAAGCCCCCUCAAGUCUCCUCAGUAAGAACAUUUGGAAAAGUGAGAACUGAACGCCACCCCUUGGUGAGCAUAGCCCACCUAUGUUGUCACGGAAUGAGUCGCUGGAUAAGAGUGGGUCGUUUAUGAACAUCUGUAACAACGUCCAGCUUUUUUUCAGGUUCUCAUUUUUAAAGAAUGCCAAUCUAAUACCUUGUGGCAUUCAGAUGAAUAAUCAAAGUUGUAUUUUCUCUUUAAGCCAAGUGGGAUUCAUAUCAAGACAAAACCUUCAGGACUCCCUCCCCACAAGCUCCAAUCCCUUUUUGUCGAUGCCGAAGGGUCCCGUAAUAUGGUUGCAGAAAUAGUAACAUUAAUGCAAGCAAGUAAUUUUAAGAAACAGACCUGCAUGAACGAUAGCAUUGCAAAACCGUUAAUUUAGUAUUGGGUGAGGAGUGUUUGAAAAACUCUUUAUUCAAAGAUUAAAUAGACAUGGAAACCCCUAUCUCAACAGUGAAAUUCUCUUGCAGUUUUCUAACUGUUGCCCUUUAUUCCGCCUGUGCAAGUCUGAGGCAUGUCUUGGCUGCCUUUGUCAAUGGGCAGUCUUUUCUCAAUGCCAGUUACCACAGCCAGGGAAGGAAAUUGAGGAGAACUUAACAUUGACAGUUGCUCACAGCCGUAGGUAAUCUUAACUCAGGACUCCACAAAUCUGGACAAUAGGGCCAAGUCCUAUUGUUUCUGCAUUUUGGAUCUUUUUUCCUCAAACCCUUUUUAUUAUUGUGGUGUAGGUGGUAAGGUCUGCCCAUGUGCUCACCUCUUCUUCUGAACAAAUCUCGCAACUGAUUCAUGCAUCAUGACCAGCACUGGUUCUGUUGCAAGAUGCUUUUUGGCCAGCUUGUCUGUACUUGCAAGGUUAGCCAACUUACCGCCAUCCAAACCUAAAUUAUUAGUUAUACCUGGAGUUCUUUAGGUCCCCCUCCCCCAAGCGUGCUACUAGCAAUUUCCAGUUGCACAUUUGUGAAAUAACAGUUAAUAAUCUAGAUGAUAUCAAAGCACAUGAUUCCUAAUCAACUAACAGAGCGGAGUUCAUGCACAUAAUUGUUUUGCUCAAUCUCUCCUGGUUUUUAUUUUAUUUUUUCCCAUUUUUCCAACUUUUUUUUUUUUUUUUUUUGAUUUUGCUGCACCAAGGGAAACUAUGUAGGUGAUGUCUCCCAGUCGCCAUGAACUUUUUCCGUUUGGUUUGGAAAGAAAGUCUGAUAACCUGUCCAUAUAUAAAUAUAUAUUUAUAUAUUAAAGUCAUGGGAGGGAGAGGUCAUCGUAAACUCCUUGGGAAUAAAGAUUUAUUGAAAGUUGUACACACUAUUAUACUUUUUGAAGGACAAGGAUGCACUAAAUUUAGCAUGUUUCGCAUAAAGAAGAAUCUAAAUUAUUUUUAUUUUGAAAUGUGUAAAAAGUAUUCAAAACAGCGAAAAGUUUACGCUGUAGGGUACAUAUUUUUUCCAAGUGUGCUUUUUUGGAUUUUUUUUUUCCUUUUUGAUUUGUUUUAAUGCGCAGCCUGAUGAACCUGCAUGGUUCGUAGGGUUUAGGCAGCGUGAAGAAUAGCUGGGGGGUGUUUUUGUUUUUAUGAUUUUUUUUUUUUUUUAAAGACAAAUAUUUCCAUCCAAUAUUUAAAACAAAAAAAACAAAAAAAAAACUUGAAUUUUAUUUAAACUUGAAAAUGACUUUGCCUUAACUUUUGUAUAAGACAGCUUAGAUUUAAUUAAGUCUGGCCCCCUUCUAUGUGGGUUAGCAUGAGUGAAAUACAAAAUUACUUGGUUUCAGUGUGUAUCUCUGUUAUGACUGACCUGAGUAAUACCACUGUUGUACAGGAAAUAGCAACAGUUUUUGUAAUAUACCUUUAAGAUCUAAACGAUCUUCUUUUUUUUUUUUUUUUCUUUUUUUUUUUUUCUUUCUUUUUUUCCCAGAUUGUUGAAAUGUAAAUGCAAAUAGUCAAUACUGUAUUAAAUAUGUGCACUUGGAAGUGUGUGCUUUGCUUGUACAGAUGUAAAUAAUCAGAACAUAUAAAAAGGUACCCUACGAAAAAAUGCUAAAAAAAUUAUUGUUGAUAUAUUAUAAAUGUUACUGUUAAGCUGGAUGUAGAUAAACUAAAUGUUGUGGUUUGAA